AUGGCAAAAGCUGUUGAGAUUUCGCAAAUCGCCGAAGAUCUUCUCCAGCUUCAACAGACUUUCAGUCUCAGUCAGUUGGACUCUGUGUUCCUCGAUACGCCACGACGAAAAGUGUUUCGGCUGGAAAAUGUGGUUCUGAAGUUCGGACUCGACGUGAAGCCCGUUGAGGCGGAAACUCUUCGCUAUCUAGCUCAAGCCACCAAAAUUCCGCUUCCGCGACUAUACCGCGAUCACGUCCAUGCCGACGGAACCGCAGUCAUUGCGAUGGAAUACGUCGAGGGCAGAAUCUUGUCGGAUGUGUGGCCUAGUUUGUGCCCCGAUGUCAAGACGAACCUUUGCGGACAGCUUCGAGACAUUCUCGAGGACCUACGCCGUCAUCGAAGUCAUGUCAUUGGAGGCAUUCACGGCAAUCCGGCCGUGGACACGCGCAAGCUUGUGCUUACAGGAGGCCCGUUUCCAACCGAGAGACAAUUCAACGAGUUUCUACGAUCUGAUAUGAUUUCAGCCGCUCCGAAAAUAUACCGUUCGAUGCUGGAAGACGCCAUGGAUGAGAAACACGACAUCUUUCUGGCUCACGGUGAUAUCCGUCCACAGAAUAUUGUCGUUGAUCAUGGUCGUCGGAAGAUCGUGGCCAUCCUGGACUGGGAAUGCUCCGGAUGGUACCCGGAGUACUGGGACUUUGUCAAGUUCUUCAAUGCCUUGGAUCCCUCGCUGGACUGGUUUGACUAUGUCGAAAAAAUCUUCCCUGAAACCUACCCUCGUCAAUAUCUGACCGAUAGCUUUCUCGGCCGCUAUCUCCGUCACUAA